CCCCUGUACAUCCUCCACGUACAGAGAUGCCAGGCCCUCACAGGUGGGGGUCCCUGGCCCCGGGAUUGCAAUGCCGCUGGGCGUAGUUGUUCAUAUAGCUGGCUGGCUGCCCCGUCUGUACACAGACGGCUCGCACAACGGCGCAGCGUUAGACAGGGAGUCCGAGUGGCAGCAAAGAGACGGACGUUUCCACCGCUUCGCAUCCGUGCCCGCCGCCUGCCUGCCUGCCGCCGCUUCUGCAGUCUUCCGUGUGUGUUUCAUACAUCAUAUAUGGCAGGAAAAUAGCAGUUAUCAGAGGAAGAAACGCCAGCGACAGCCGCAAACAUGGUGGAAACCCCACGAUCUAGCAAGUACAGCAUCUCGAGCCUUGUGUCUGCGGAUCCGCAGCACACCCGGGGUGCCAGCAGCACGCCUGCAUCCGCAUCCGCAUCCGCAUCCAGGGCCACAGUUACAACGACGCCGCUGAAGAAGGACAGCUCGUCUCGGUCGCACAUACGAGACUUGUUGAAUCCACGAGAACCGAGGCCCGGGAACGAGGCGUCGGCGGAGCCGCCUUUGGCUUCCUUCCCCGGAUCGGUGUCCCGGGCGUCCUCCGGCGCCACGGAUGCCUCGUGUGUCGGCACAACCUCCUCCGCUGACACCGUCAGCACCACGCCAAACGAAACGCCUAUACGACAGCCGCGGUCUCCGCAGGAGAGCAGAGUGAAAGAGGAGGGGCACAAGCACGAGCACGAGCACGAGCACGAACACGACGACGACGACGAAGAAGGGCAAGAAGAGGAGGAAGAAGAGGAAGAGGAGGAAGAGGAGGAUAGCAAGGGUUCGGAAAAGCUCACGUGCCGGUGGCAGGGCUGCUCGGCGGAGUUCGACGACGCCAAGCCGCUGUACGAACACCUCUGCGACUUCCACGUCGGCCGCAAGUGCAACAGAAACUUGUCUUUGCGCUGCAAGUGGGACGACUGCCAGACCACCACCGUCAAGCGGGACCACAUCACCUCCCACCUUCGCGUGCACAUCCCCUUGAAGCCUUACGUCUGCAAAACGUGCUCCAAAAACUUCAAGAGACCACAGGACUUGAAAAAGCACACACGCACUCACAUCAACAGCACCCCGAAGGACCACAAGAGGUUCUACGACGACUUGACAAGCAAACGCUCUUUCGAGGAGAUGAGCUCCUCCACACUUUCAUCGCCCCUGUCUUCCUCCUGCGAACCCUCCCUGAAAAGACCACUUUUCCAGCAUUCGAUUACGGACUCGCAACUCUCCUCGAGAUACAUAUACAAGCAGCUGCAACCGAAUUCAAAUCUCUACUCGGGUUGCCUGCAAUACCCGCCCCCACCGUUCAAAGUGCAGCCCCAGAUGGGUCCCGGACCCUACCCGCAGCCAGCACUGCCGCAGGCAGCACCUUUAGCGGCACCGCCUCACCACUCCUCGCAGGGGUAUUAUCCCUUCCAGUUCUCGAGUCCGCCAAUGCAUCACCAACCAUACUACCACCUCCCACCCCGCCUACAGCCGCAGCGUAUCCACUCAUCUCCAUCUCCACAGCCACCGCCAAUGGCCUUGCCGCAAGAGCAGAUACAGCCGCAACAGCAACGUUUCUACUCAACUCCUUUUCCUCCUUACUCAAAAAUCCAACCACACCCCCUACGACAUCUUAAUUCAUCAUUCACCCCUCCACCUUCCGCAACCCCCGCUGGCGGUGGCAGAGCUCCUCCAAACGUUCUGGAACGUCGCUUUCCCGGCAGCCCUAGUGUGCCACUAUCAAUUUCGCCGGCUCCAGCCCCUCCUCCUUUGCCACUACGGCACGACCAGUUGCACCCAUCCCAGUCGCAAACCAGGUAUGCUCAAAGUUACGACAACACUGUAGCUAAGGAAUCAUGCACUUCGGCGCCUGCAGGACAGACUUCUAAUGUAGGAUUGGCUGGGCCUUCUACAACUACAUAUAAUACCAACCCUGUCCCACUCUCCUACAGACGUGUAUAGAUUUACAUAUAACGACUGUAAAACAACAACUUAAUAGCAUCGAAGCAGCAUAUCUCAACAACGUAAAUUAGACGGCUGCAAUCUGAAGAUUGAUCUAUGCCUCACAGCACAUUCAUUCA